CAUCACUUUGCUAUUUUCAGAGAGGGUCAUGUCUGGACAUGUUUGGUUUAUUUCCUUACAGCAGACUCGUGGCACAAAAAUAUGAAACAGUACGAAAGGACACUGAAGAACUUUCAAAUAUCUAGGGCGGGGAUGUUUGAUUACAUAUGUCUCAAUGAAGAAACACAUCGUAAAGUGCUGUCCGUGGUGCUGAAUUUUGCCUGCAGGUGUUGUGAAGACGACUUCUCCUUGUCCCUGAAUGUAUGGACUCUGAAAGGAACCACAAUGCACCAGGAGGGACUCUUCAAGAUUUCUCCACUUCACCCCUUCCACUUUACUCAUCACCGCAACCGCUGCACGCAUCCUCUGCAAGGUUGCCACGGGCGACCAAUGUGUCAUCGUCUUCAGCGACGGUCGUCGGGCGCCACGUGCGGAGCAGCUACAACCAUCUACAGGGAGAUGUGCGCAGGAGGAAACUGUUCUCCUAUCAGAAAUUCUUCCUCCGCAUCGACAGGAAGGGGAAAGUUAACGGCACCAAAAGUGAGGACGAUCAGUACAGUAUUUUGGAGAUCAAGUCCGUGGAUGUGGGGGUGGUGGCCAUCAGGGGCCUUAGCAGCAACUACUACCUGGCUAUCACCAAGAAGGGCGAGCUAUACGGAGCGAGGGACUUUGGUCCAGACUGUCGUCUGAUUGAACGCAUCGAGGAGAACAAGUACAACACCUACGCUUCAGCAGAGUGGCGCAACAGAAGGAAGCACAUGUUUGUGGGACUGAACGCCAACGGCAAACCAAUGAGGGGGAAGAAGACAAGAAGGAAAAACACAGCCACUCACUUCCUGCCCAUUGUGGUACAACCAAGAUAAUUGGACGUAUCAGCCAUGAGAGAGCGCUACACAUGGCAGGCUAUCAGACUUUGUUGGAGUUACCGCGAUUGCUAUAUUGGACAGAUCUAGUUUAGAUCUGAAUGAUGCACUGAGGAGGAAAAGAACUGAAACCUAUGAACAUUUUAUCUCUGUUGGACAAAGACAUUUCUAUUUUCAAAGAAAGAAAUAAGAUAUAUUGCUAUACAAUGUAUAUAUUAUUUUCAGUUUUAAGUUAUCAAGUUCAUAGGCACAGUAGAAAAUAUGAAAAUAAAUUUAAUCUGUGCCAAAAUGUGACCAGUAAGUAACUCACAUUUCUAGAUUUGUGUACAUGUGAAGCGCUUGAACAAGAUGAGAUAAAAUGACAUUAUGUGUAUGACAGAGGGAAAGAAAGAGAAAAGACGAGGAAGUGUUGGCAGAAAGGUAGACCAAGAAGACUGACAAUAAAAGGGCCAGGAAAUGUUAGAGUCAAGAUGCUUCAACCCAGCAGCAAGUCUAAUGCUUUCAUGUUUUUCCUUUGAAUCUAUUUAUUUGGUGUAAUAUUUAACAGAAAAGAAC